ACCAUCUGCGCGCUCUGCUGCCUUAUUUUGUUGUUGAAGCAGGCGCCCAAAUGAACAACAAAAACCUUCGAUCUGCUGCUCAUAACAAGGGGCCAAAUUUGACCGAUUUUAUCAGCAAAAUGCCAGAUGAUGUACUUGUUAUGAUCCUAGCUCGUAUACCUAUAAAAGAUGCGGUGGUCACAGGCAGUCUCUCCACAAGAUGGAAGCACUUGUGGCGUAAUUUGACCCGAUUAGACUUUGAUGGUACUGAAAUACUGGAAAAGGUGGCCGAGGAUGAGAUAGUUUGUGAUUUAGAGCGUGAGAAGUACGUCAACCAGGUGUAUGAUGUUAUCAGCUGUUACAGCCACCCGAGGGUCCAAGUUUUUCGUAUUUGCUUCGAUUUAGAUUCUAGUUACUCUGAAUAUAUUGAUGAAUGGAUUCAGUUUGCUCUAGACAAGAAAGUUGAGAAGCUUGAACUGGAUUUAAUGGACAAAACGCGCGAUCCACCUGAAUACUACGAUUUCCAGUUACCAUUAUCUAAUUCUAUGGUUAUGGAGAUGCUGUUUCUAAAAUAUAUAUUUCUAAAGGGUGUCAACUUGGAUGAACCGACGUUAAACAACAUCUUAAAGAAUUCUCCACAUCUUGUAAAGUUUUGCAUGUAUAACUCGGAUUUGUUCACUCAUGUUCGUGUUGGUGGAAAGGACAUUAAGUUGAAACACAUUAAACUUGUGGAUUGUUCUGGGUUUGAAUCCAUCUCUUUAUAUGGAUUUGACCUUGUCUCAUUCAUAUAUUGUGGUCCAGAAAUACAAUUCCAUCUCAGUGAUCUUCCAAAGCUUAGAGAACUUGAUAUUGGUGAAGUUAGCGUAGGAUUUGAGAAUAAUGUGUUUGGUCAGAUCUCAUCUUGCGCUCUCAAACUUCGGGUUCUUGUCUUGGACAUCUGGAGUGCAAAGAAAGGUUUAAAUGUUAAUGCCAUUAUCAAGUUUCCAAAUGUGAAGAAAUUAAUGCUGGUAAUGGGAGCUGAAGAAGAUGAUUGUCUACUAGAGUACACUUCAAUAGCUCAGGCCUGUCCGCGUUUAGAGACCUUUUCAAUAUCGCUACAUUGGUGUUCACCAAUGAAAAGGAGGAGGAAAGUAAAACGUGUUGCAGCUCCUCGUGUUCAUAAACACCUAAAGGUUAUUGAAAUCAUUGGGUAUUAUGGUAGAAUUAGUGACCUUGAGCUUGCUGUGUAUGCCAUAGAGAAUGCUGCUGCACUCAAAAAAAUCAUCAUAGAUCCUCGCUGCCAUGCUUUUGAGGUAGAGUAUACUCGAGAGGAGUUCAUGAAGAGAGAGCAAGAUGCUCGAUCUACUGCCAAGCGCCAGCUCACACCACUAUUGCCUCCAGGUGUAGAUUUGGCCAUAGUGUAAUUCGCUACUCAAGUACAAGUGUUAUUGUUCUUCGCUUUCUUGAUGGUUCCGUUGUUUUUGUUCCAGUGAAUUUGCUUUUGUUAUUGUUUUUGGAUUUGAUCGUCGGUGCAGCAGGCUGGCGGAACUGUGAAUUUUGAACAUUCCGUGUGAAAGAUUUUUGAAUUCCAUAUGUUGAUGGGAAGGAAAGUAAUAAUCCUUCUUUAAUAUUUUCAUGCAA